AUGGUCGGUGGUUCAGAACUGCCUUUCAGGAUGAUGACUCGCCGAUUUGGGGCGCAGCUGUGUUACACGCCUAUGAUCUACUCCGGCCCAUUUUCCAAGGAUGCAGACUACAGAGCUGCGCCACAGAAUGGGUUCCAGACCUGCCCGGAGGACAGGCCUCUGGUGGCACAUUUCUGUGGCAAUGAUCCAGAGGUGCUGCUCGCCGCAUCUCGCCAUAUUGCAGACCGUGUUGAUGCGAUUGACUUGAACUUGGGGUGCCCUCAGCGUGUAGCACACGCCGAGCACUUUGGAGCCUAUCUGCUGGAGAAGAAAGAUCGGGGCUUGGUCUGCAGCAUCGUCAAGCGGCUUUCAGAGGCGCUCCCCAUCCCUGUGUUCUGCAAGAUCCGCCUGCUGGAUGAGCUAGAGGAGACACUGGAGCUUGUAAGGCAGCUGGAGGCGUCGGGUGCCAGCCUCAUUGCAGUGCAUGCUCGUUACCGCGGAACGCCAACACAUCGACGAGAUGGUCCAGCACAUCUGGAGCAGGUACGCGCCAUCAAGAGAGUGGUGCGCGUGCCAAUUCUUGCCAACGGCAACAUUAAGUCGUGGGCGGAUGUGGCGGCAAACCUUGAGCUGACCCAAGCUGACGGGGUCAUGUCAGCAGAGGGCAUGCUUGACGACCCUUGCUUGUUUUCCGGUGCCUCAAGAGGUGCUCACGAUUCCAAGAGAGCUUUGAGGAAGGUGGAUAAAAAACUUCGCCAAGUUCAGAAUCUCAUCGACAAGCAGGCUGCUGGCGCAAAACUGAAUGCCGAGGAGCAGCUGAAGGUGGCAACAAAGAAGCAGCUGCGGAAGGAGCGUAAGAUCCUCCUUUCCCACAGCCAGGAUGCUGGAGAGGAUGUGCAGCCAACACCCGUUCCAGAGGAUGGCCUUGCCAAAGCGCGGCUCUACCUGGACUACGUUUCCAAGCACUUGCCUGCGCCACCACUGUCGACCCUCAUCUUCCACUGUCGACGGAUGGCCAAAGCUGAGCUGACCGAGUUCCAGCUACUAGAGGAUUUCAAGAGUGCAAAGUCGCUGGAGGAGAUGUGCGGUUUCCUGUCGAAGGCCGAGGAUUUCAAGAGAGCUCCUGGCAGCUUCAAAGUCAGCAAGGAAAAGGAGCAGAGGGAUCGCGAACUGCGAGCUCAGCAGGAGUACGAGCGCGAGUGCAGGAGGAAGUAUGAGCAGCGAAUGGCCAGAAAGGCUGCUCGACUGGGAUUGCCGUUGGAUGAGGUGAUGAAAGCCUCCUCUGUCCCAGGAGCCUUGCUUGCAAUGCAAUUUUUUGUUGCAUAG